GUAGAUUUGCGUAAAGAGGUCGGGCAACUCUCCAGUCGAGCUCGCGCACAGAGCUGCGUAGCUUCUAUACAUUUCUGCGUAAAUGAGACGCAUAGUGGCGUCUCCGCCCUCCCGCCCUGCUGCUCGAGCUCCCUUCUGUCCGUUAGGUUUGACAGGCACGAGGACACAUUUUACCGACGGGAACCGACCGACGUGCGUUCGACUCGAUGUCCGGCGGACUGACUGCGCCGUCCAGACGGCGGACUGCUCCCGUGUCCAUCUUUACACGGCGCAGAUAGGCUAAGACGGAACACGUCCAGGACUGGAUCACCGUUUCUUCACGGAAGAUGGAAAGCGCCACUUUGGCGGAAGGAAACUCUUGGAAAUCCGGGUUAGAUAACAAGUUGAAAAGUCCCACCGCGGCGUCGGUGGCCCUAAGAACCGGAGUCGGUGGAGGUGGUGGUGGUGGUGUUGUUGGUGUUGUUGAUGAUGGCGGCGGCGGCGGCGGCGGCGGCGACAGACAGACGACAGCUCCGCCGCGGAUAGACGUCUUUAACGGUAACCGGAGCAUGCAGUCAGCCGCGGGAGAAAAAAUGAGCAGCAAAGCGGCUGUGAAAGCCUCGAAAAGCGGCCGGGGAUUUACAGGCAACUCCAACUCACUGCUCUUAAAAAGGCGGCGGCUGAAGAGGAACCUCUCCGCCACAGCCGCCACUGGGAAACUGAACCCGGUGUCAGUGUCAGUGCCGCCUUCCUCCUCCACACUGGACCGCAAGACGCUGCUGAAGCGUCGGCAAAACGCGCAGCUCCAGCCGGCCGACCGCCAGUGGAUCCGCGCCGAUCUGCACCGCGGCUCAGUGCACGUCCACGACAAGCUCGCGCCCUCCAGCCCGCCGAGGCCCGUCCUGUGCACGCUGGAGACCACCGCGGCGGAGAUCGCCCUCCGUCUGAGCCAGCUGGGCGGCAAAACCGCCUCCGUGGUGCGCAUCGGGGCCCGGCUUCACCCGGCCAUCGACGUUAACGGGAACUGUCGCAGCCGACAAGACGUCGUCGGGGACAUCGGGUCGGAACCGAGCGACAGGUUGAGACUCUUAUUGCUUCAGACUGUUCCCGACGCAGGACUGUUUUCUCCACGUUCGGACUCCGACGUCCUGGACAACUCGCGCACGACGAACGACGACGAUGACGACGACGACGACGACGACUGCGCCGGGGGCCGAGGCCGAAACUCUGUCUCUGACGACGAGCUCAGCUCUAAACUCGGAGAGCACCGGGACUCCCUGAGCGAUGACAUGGUGUUAGGGACGGACGCGUCGGCGCUGAGUCCGGCGUUCGACAGCGCCACCGAGGGCCUUGAUACGUACGGCAGCUCCUCGGACGAGCUGGAACUCGAGGGACCUCCGAACGGCAGCGUUGACCCCGUCCUUCCAAGGCUGGAUAACUUCGCCGACGACGUCAAGGACCGACCUGAGCAAAUGAGCCUGACCUCGGAUUCCGUAUCGAAGUCGGGCGACGAGCCGGACCCUCCGGCGUCCCCAGUAUCCCGAUCCCGGGUCGGCUCUGGGUCCGAGCACGACUCCUCUCCGGCGCUGUAUGUCCAGCUGCACGGGGAGGCGGCGCGUCGGCUCGCCCCGGACGAACGACCCCUGCAGCUGCAGAACGACUUCCUGUUCAAGCUCGGCUUUAAGGAUCCGUGGCGCGUCCAGGAGGAAGGCAUGAACACGGAGUUAGGCUCCCUGCUGCGCUUCUACGCAGGGAAACCGUACAACAUGGCAAGCUCUGAGCGUGUGCAGCUCUCUGGGACCUACAACGUACGCAAAGGCAAACUGCAACUCCCCGUGAACCGCUGGAGCCGCCGACACGUUAUCCUGUGUGGCACCUGCCUGAUGGUGUCAUCAAUUAAAGCCAGUCAUGCGGGCAAAAUGCACAUCCUGCCCCUAAUCGGGGGAAAGGUAGAGGAGGUGAAGAAACACAGCCACUGUUUGGCCUUCAGCUCAGCCGGGCCUCAGAGUCAGACCUACUACAUCAGCUUCGACAGCUUCACAGAGCACCUGCGCUGGCACCGUCACGCUGCAAAGAUGGUGUCUCAGAGGAUCAGUUCAGUGGAUCUGUCAUGCUGUAGUCUGGAGAAACUUCCUCCGAACCUGCUCUACAGUCACGACCUCACUCACCUCAACCUCAAACACAACUUUCUCCCUGUGGAUAACUCACUGCAGCAGCUCCAGAGGUUCUCUCGGUUGCGGAGUCUGAACCUGUCCAAUAACCAGCUGGGAGCAUUCCCCCUGGCGCUGAGCUCCAUCUCCACCCUCACAGAGCUCAACCUCAGCUGCAACUGCAUCAGCAACCUCCACCCCAGUGUGGGCAACAUGCACAACCUGCAGACAUUGCUGUUGGAUGGGAACAUGUUGUCGUCGUUGCCAGCGGAGUUGGGCUCCCUGCAGCGUCUUUGCUACCUCGGGCUCUCCUUCAACGAGUUCAGCGGCGUUCCGGCCGUCCUGGAGAGGCUGAGCGCUGUGGAGCGUCUCUGCAUGGCCGGGAACAGAGUGGAGCACCUCGCGCUGCAGGCCUUCCGCCUGCUUAGCAUCAAAUACGUCGACCUGCGGCUGAACCGGAUCUCCAGUUUGAUACCGGACGAGCCGGACUUCCUGCGUCACGUGACCCAGUUGGACGUGCGGGACAAUCGUCUGAGCGAGCUGGACGCCUCGCUGUUUCCUCGCCUGGAGGUGCUGCACUGCCAGAGAAACCGCAUCACGCGGCUACGACUCAAAGGAAGCACGCUCAAGGCGCUGUACGCCUCCUACAAUGAAAUCCGGGAUCUGGAAGCCGGUCCAACUGCAUCCAAUCUCACCUACGUGGACAUCUCAAGGAAUUGUCUGGAGGUGUUACCGGCCUGGCUGAGCGACAGCAAGAAGCUGGAAGUGCUGGACAUCAGUCAUAACUGCAUCAGAGAGUUGCCCCAGUGGUUGUUCUGCAGUAGCAGUUUGAGGAAGGUCCUGGCUGGUCAUAACCGUCUGCAGCGUCUGCCUGAGCGAGUGGAGAAGCCCGUGGUGGAGGUUUUAGACGUCCAGCACAACCAGCUAGUCGAGCUGCCAUGUAACCUCUUCCUUAAAUCCAAUAGUUUAAGGUGCCUCAACGCCUCAGCCAAUAAACUGGAGAGUCUGCCUCCCUCCAGCCUAUCAGACGAGAGCAACAGCAUCCUGCAGGAGCUCUACCUGACCAACAACCACCUGACUGACAAGUGUGUGCCUCUGCUCACCGGACACACACACCUGAGAGUCCUGCACAUGGCCUACAAUCACCUACAGACCUUCCCUGCCAGUAAAAUGGCGAAGCUGGAGGAGCUGGAGGAAGUGGACCUGAGCGGGAACAGACUGAAGGCCAUACCCACCACCAUCCUGAACUGCAAGCGCAUGCACACGCUCAUCGCCCACUCCAACACCAUCGAGGUUUUCCCUGAGGUCAUGCAGCUCAUGGACAUGAAGUGUGUAGAUCUGAGCUGUAACGAGUUGGUGGAGAUCACACUGCCUGAGAACCUGCCUCCUAAACUACAGGAGUUAGACCUGACAGGAAACCCACGCCUCAACCUGGACCACAAAACCCUGGAACAGCUCAACAAUAUCCGCUGUUUCCGGAUCGACCCGCCCCCAACUUCCUUCUCAGCUAAUGAGGCGGCAGGUGGGCCGGCCGUCUGGAGUCAUGGCUACACCGAGGCGUCUGGAGUGAAGAACAAACUGUGUGUGGCAGCUCUGUCAGUGAGCAGUUUCUGUGGCAGUAGAGAAGCUCUGUACGGAGUGUUUGAUGGAGACAGGAACGUGGAGGUGCCGUAUCUCCUGCAGUGCACUAUGAACGACAUUCUGGCUGAAGAGCUGCACAGAACCAAGAGCGAGGAGGAUUACAUGACCAACACCUUCCUCGUCAUGCAGAGGAAGCUGGGUACAGCCGGGCAGAAGUUAGGAGGUUCGGCCGUUCUCUGUCAUAUCCGGCACGACCCGACGGACCCGGCGGGCUGCUUCACGCUCACUGCUGCCAACGUGGGGAAGUGUCAGGCAGUGCUGUGUCGCGAUGGUAAAGCCCUGCCGCUGUCACUGCUACACAACAUCGGCCUGGAGGAGGAGUACAACCGAGUACGGCAACACAAAGCCAUCAUCACUGAGGAUAACAAAGUGAAUGGCGUGACUGAUUCCACACGGAUCAUGGGCUACUCCUUCCUGUAUCCAGCUGUUCUGCCACGACCGUAUGUUCACACACUCCCGCUAACACCGCGUGACGAGUUCUUCAUCUUGGGCAGCCGUGGCCUGUUUGAGGCACUGGAGCCCGCUGAGGCUGUAGAGGCAGUGCGCAAGGUUCCAGAUCCACUCGCCGCUGCCAAGAAACUGUGUACUCUUGCUCAGGCGUACGGUUGUACCGAGAGCCUGAGCGCGGUGGUGGUGCAGCUAAGUGUGACCGAGGACUGCUGCUGCUGUUGCUGUUGCUCGUCCUCUAGUGGCCUCCACACAACCCCACAGCCACCUCCUAGUCCCGGUCCCGGUGCGGGCCUCUAUCCGCCCUCAGCCGGGGUACCGCCUUCUUCCUGCAGCGAGAUCAGCUCGGAGGUCAGCGCCUCAGAGAUGAGCUCGGAAGUCGGGUCCACCGCUUCCUCUGACGAGCCUCCGAUCUUGCUCCAAGAGGCGCACCUUCACCUCCAUCAACCUUCCAACCCAAACCCAAACCCACGCCUUCUCUCCUGCUGCUCUCUCCACCCGACGGCGUCUUCAUCUGCCAUCAUGGCCGCCAGUUCCGGUUCCUUUCAGCGACAGUUAUCGAGUGCUACUUUCUCCAGCGCGCUCUCCGAUAACGGAUUGGACAGCGAGGACGAAGAGCCCAUCGCAGGCGUCUUUUCCAACGGCAGCCGACUCGAAGUGGAGGCCGACGUCCACUGCUUGCGUCUCCUUGCACCUCCACCUCCCCCUCCCCCGUGCACCCCCGAAAUUCCCGAUGAGGUGGUACCUCCAGAACCGGAAAUGAGCGAGCCUGAGAAAGAAGGGAAGCAAAGCGAGAAACCAGGAAACAACACUGAAGCGUGGAGCAAAACCCUGUCACGCAGGAGAGGCAACGGGUCCGUGGCCCCCCACGAGACCAGCCACAACCUGAUCGAGGUAGCAGCCGAGGCGCCGUCUAAAAAGUCCGGCGGUUAUUUCACAGCCCCGGCGAUGCCCGACCCUGACGACCAGCUCAUCAUUCCACCCGAGCUGGAGGAGGAAGUGAAGGAGAUAAUGAAACAGCAUCAGCAGGAGCAACAGAAACCCAGCAAGAGCGAGCAGCCUGCCGAUUACUACGACACACCGCUGUGAUAGCACAUACCAUAAACAGCACGGUUUCCCACUCUCAGGCUUGGAGUCCCUCUGCACUGAACAGCUCAAUGUUUUCCCUGGUGAUUGCACCGAUGGUGGAAAUAUUAGCAAAUUACCUGAGCCAGGCAGUAAUUAAUUAGGAAAACAUGACCGCUGUUAAGGUAUUUCCGAGGACUGAGACUGGAAGACCCUGCCGCAUUAGCCAUAGUGUCCACAAGUAUUUGUUUCUGGCCUAAAACCACCUUCAUUUCACCAAUAAGUGAAGAAUUAGCUGUCUAUAAACUACUCAUACUAUAGCGUGACGUUUAUCUGCUAUACAAACUCUUUCCUUAAGUUCCUGUCAGCCGUACCAUUGCCUUUUGUGGAGUUCUCCUAAUAUUUUGAGUUCAGUUUUAAGUUUUGUUUUUUCUUGCGUAACUGACCUUAUUUAGGUCUUGAGUCCGGGAGGCAUCACAGAAUCGGGUCACUAAAUGUGUUGCAGUGAGGCCACGACAUACCAAAGUCCACAAACUUAAUAUGUUGUAGAAUAUUGCGUUUCCUUUCUGACCUCCAGGUAAUCAUUUAUUUGAGAAUUUGCUUAAUUUGACGUGGAAUAAUAACGUGUCCAUGUUUGGAAUACAGGGUUUAUUUAAAAAAAUUUUUUUAAAAAGUGCUCACAAUAGCCUUAUUCAGUCGCUGUCAUUGGUGAUGUUCUCUAUAGCAUUAAUUACAUCCUAAUAUAUUAGAGUGUAUACGCUUUAAUAUAUAUUUCAUUCACGUCCAUGAGAAAUUGAACUGGUGGCCUGAAUCAUCUCAUAGCCACAUUAUUAUUAUUAUUAUUAUUAUUAUUAUUAUUAUUAUUAUAUUAACCACCAUUUUACCUCAGUGUGUAUGACCAAGAAAAAACAGGCUGAUGAUGCCUCCAUGCAGACUCGAUUAAAGAUAAUUUAGUAAACAAUCAGUGCGACCGGUAUGUGUGCAAAAGCAACAAACAAUUAUUAAGAAAUGAUUAAAUACUGUACCAAAGAGGCAAUGGUAGCGUUGUCAUGGUAACAGGAAGCUAAAGGUGGUGUUUGUAGAUGGGAGAGACUUCACGCUAUGUUAUGAAGUAAUCUGUAGGCCUGUAGACAUGGCAGCUCUCCAUAGAUCUCAUCUAAGAGCCAUUUUAGACCACACACACACACACAUUAUAGUGUGUUGUUCAGCAUUAUCACACCCUCAUUACACCACAUCCACAUCAAUGCACAAAUCCGUUCCCUGCGGUCCGACACCGAUAGGAGCCUUUCCCUGCGAGCCGACCAAUAGGACAUCCCUUUAAGAGACUCCAGUCCCAACCUGCACACUACUGUGCCUCGCCCCUUUAAGAGCUCAAAUCAGCUGACUACUGACCUACUGACUGUUUAGUGUUUAUUUACGUUGCAAACAAGUGACAGUAUCUAUAGAGUUCAACACUAGUCUCAGUACCACUCAACAAAAGUUGUGGAUUUUCUUAUUUCCUUCUUUCUUUUUUUUUUUUUUUUUUUUUUUUUUUUUU